CUAACAGCCAACCACAGCCACAGCGACAAUGAAAUACUUUCUCCUGACCGUUGUGCUUUUUUCCUGGAUCGCUGUAUUUCAAGCAUUGCACAGAGAUCUGCCUUAUAAUAAAUGCCGUUGUCAGAGCAUGGCAACCAACUGUGUGAAUAUCAACCCGAAAGCUGUGAAGGAAGUCCAGAUCAUCCCGAAGACGGCCCUAUGCCACCGCACUGAGAUCUUGAUUACCCGGAAGAACAACACAACCAUUUGCCUGCACCCGAAUGCACCAUGCAUCAAAAAGGCCAUUGAAAAAUUUGUAAAAUGAGGAUCAAGGAUUCUGAUGACAGCUAAACAUCAAGAUAAAAUAACAUACAAGUUAAACAAAAUUUUUU